GCUGUGUGUAUGUGUUUUUUGCUGUUGCCCACGCUAUCAAGGGAGUUGUGGCGACAUAACAAAACAGGCACAAAGUGUCACUUGUUACAAAGGAGUCUCGGAGCAGAGCGUUUGUGUGUGUGUGUGUGUGAGUGGUUUGAAGCGUGAAAGAUUCAAAGUAGCGCUAGAGUUGGGUUUGGUUUUGGGGCAUGUUUAGAUCGUUCUCAUGCACAACCAUUUCACAACUAGCGUAAACAACACACAAAAAACACACCAAUUGACACUCCUGAACUGUUGUCGCAGUGUGUAGCGAUCGAUCGGCAAUGUUUCGGGACGGGUUCGCUAAGCAGCUUUUGUCAGUUUUGGAUUGCAGCGUCGCAGCACUCGAUCGUGUCGCUCUUGAGAUCGUCCCAUCGCAGCAGGCUGCGUCACAUCGGACAAUGGUAAUGCUUUGUUUUGCUUCUACGCUCGUUUGACGUUUCCAUCUGUCAAUGCGGAGCCGCGGGUCUGUGUGUGUGUGUGUGUUAGUGGAUUGGCGCUUGUUGUGGUCGGUGGUGCUUAGUAGCUUCGACCACUCAACGGAUCAAAUGUCAGCGAGUGGUGUGGCGAGCCACUGAACGAAAUGUGAGCCACUGUGUUACGGAACCGGGCAAGCAGUGCAGCAGUUGUCUUGGUUGUGUCGUAGUGGUUAAAGAGCGCCGCUGGGCAUCUUCCAGCAUCACGGGGGCCGGUUGGUUUGUUGAUAUUGCUGUAGAACGUGGCCAACAAACGCGGGUGACGAGCCGUCGGAUGGGCUUUUUGCUACCGAACGUAAUCGAAAAUUGAAAGCGACAACAUCAUUAGCCUUCUGGGCGCGUUCGCGUUCGCCCUCUGUCCAUUCUCGCACCUUGCCAUUGUGUCAACCCGAGGGGCCCGAGGGCGGGGGUGGUGAUGGUGUAAAACGACACGGCUCAAACCUGCCCAGGUGCCGAGUGGGUGGAAUUGUAAAGAGAGUGUCCCGCUUCUUCUCGCUUGCGGCAGUUUUCCAUCGUGGAUGCAAUUUACACCUCCAAGACGUGUACUGCCUUUAAGUGAGGCUUUGAAAGAUGAUGGUAAGGUGGUGUUUAAAGUUUGCCGCACAGACAAACAGGUGGCGUACCGGCUGGUGCUGCCGAUGAUGGUCGGGAUGUGUAUUUAAAAUGCGGUGCACACGUGUAUAGGCGAAUGGAGAGGGAGUUUUGAAAGCGGGUGAGAAAAGGCAAACAGAGCGAAGACAAGAUCAGCCCGGACACGUGUCCAAAUCUGCGCGUUUGGAAGAACUUGCUUUCCCGACUACUGUGUGUGUGUGUGUGUUGGUCCGUUGGCAAAGGAAAGCGGUGCUGCUCCGUGGCAGCGGUGUUGGUGGUGUUUGUGAGCGAACGGGAAAAUUUAUUUAUGUUUGACCAGCUACGGCGGUGGUGGAGGCGAAUCGUCGUUAGCAGCAGCAGUGGCGGCGGCGGCGGCGGCGGCGGCGGCGGCGGCUACGGUAUGGCCAUGGCCGCGAGGAAGCUGAAACCGUGCUUCAGCCAGAUAUCGAUAGCGAUUGACAACGACAAAUGGGCAGCAUCGUCCACGGAACCGGACUGGCACGAGGAAAUGCUCAAGUACCGUCAAACACGGUACAGCUCCAGACGUAUUCGGAAGCGAGUAAUCUUCAAGCAGGGUGACUGCAAUGUAAUUCAAGGAAAUGUAGCAAAAAGACGUCGUCGUUAUUUACAGGACAUUUUUACCACUCUGGUCGAUAUUCAGUGGAGAUGGACGCUGUUUGUAUUUGCCUGCUCGUUCAUACUGAGCUGGUUAGGGUUCGCAGCUAUUUGGUACCUGAUCGCCCUGAGCCAUGGAGACAUUCAAGCGGUGGGCGAUGAAAGUCACAAACCGUGUGUAACUUACAUUUAUGGCUUCACGUCUGCCUUCCUGUUUUCGCUCGAGACACAGCAUACGAUAGGCUACGGUAAUCGGUACAUCACCGAGGAGUGUCCGGAAGGCAUCUUUAUUCUUGCCCUCCAAAGCAUUACCGGCGUCUUCAUCCAAGCAUUUAUGGUCGGCAUCGUGUUUGCGAAGUUGUCCCGGCCGAAAAAGCGUGCCCAAACGCUGCUAUUUUCCAAGAACGCUGUCAUCUGCCAUCGGGACGGUAUGCCAUGCCUGCUGUUUCGUGUUGGCGACAUGCGAAAGAGCCACAUUAUUGAAGCGCACGUGACGGCUCAAAUCAUUCGCCGGAAGGUCACAAAAGAGGGAGAAGUUCUUCCAUUUUACCAGCAAAACAUGGAGGUCAGCUGUGAUGGGGGCGACGAUCGGCUAAUGUUUAUUUGGCCGACGAUCGUGGUGCACAAGAUCGAUCGGGAUAGCCCGUUGUACGGUUUGUCCGCUCAGGAUAUGCUGAAGGAACGUUUCGAGAUCGUUGUCAUGUUGGAGGGUGUGGUGGAAUCGACCGGUAUGACCACGCAAGCACGCAGCAGCUAUCUACCGUCCGAGAUUCUAUGGGGACAUCGUUUCGAGUCGGUGGUAACGUUCAAACGGGAAACGGGAGAAUAUGAGGUUGAUUACACGACGUUCAACAACACGUACGAAGUGGAUACUCCUCUGUGCAGUGCUCGUCAGCUGCGAGAGGUGAAAAAGGAAUUAAACAAACAGAAUGGAGUAACAGCAGAAGCGUCUUCCGAUACCGAUGAAUCCGACACAUCGUCGGUGGAAGUGUCGUCCCGCAAGAACUCGCUCAGCAACGGCUACCUACGCUUCACGCCAGUGUACGCGAACACCAACGAGCAAACGAACGGUGCGGCCGGUGACACAAUGGCACUCCCGCCCGCCAUUAUCACACCUGGUGGUGGCGCCCCGACCGUAUCACCCGGAAGCGAGCGCAAGAAGAACUUUCGCAAGCUGUCUAUCAAGGAACCGUCGAUGGAUUCCCUCUGCUAGUACCAAAGUCGUCGCGUCAGAGCGGGGUGUGCGCGAGUGCCACGGUGCCGCAUCCUCCCGUUCAGUUCCGUCUGCCCGUCCGUCGUCCAGUGCCAGUGGUUGCAGAAACAAAAUCCAAUCGUGACACGAAUGAAAGAUCAACCGGCUAGUGGCGGUGUUAGUGUAGUGUAGCGCCGCAUCUACUACUAAGGGCCACGCCACACUUCCAGGGCCAGGAAUCUCAAACUACACGGUGAUCGCGGUACUGCUAGGACUGGGCCACACUUCUUGCCAGGCCAGACGACACCGAGGAACGGAACCGGAGCGAUCGUAUCGCGUGUGCAUUAGUUUCUGUUCCAUUUAUCUUGCCACUCUGUGCAAACGAUCGGACGGCACCGCGAGAGCCGGGUGCUGUUAUCGGGCAGAGUUUGAUUUUAUCUUUUACCAACUUCCAGUUUUAUUUUUGUGUUUUUAAGUAAGUCUAUGUUAGCAAACAAGUGAAUAAUGUGCGUAUGAUGCGCUGUGCUGAAGAAGGAAUAGUGGAAAUGUGUGGGCGAUGAAAGAUAGAUAGCUAGUAAAUAAAUAAUAGGCCGAAAGCAAGACCAUUAUCCUUAGUCGCGCUGUGGGCCACGAUCGAACCCCGAUCAAGCCAAUAAUUUGAGACCGAUUGCGUGAAGGGUGCUUUAGCCAAUAUCUAAUAAAGAGAAACAAAAAAAAAAAAA